AUGACGUCUGCAAAAGCCAUGGCUAAAGUGAUGAUCAUCACGCUGGCAGUUUGUCUUCUAACCCACACAGACGGGAAACCUGUCAAGAAGAGAGCUGUCAGUGAGAUCCAGCUCAUGCACAGCCUGGGCAAGCACCUGGCCUCCGUGGAGAGGAUGCAAUGGCUGAGGAAGAAGCUAAAGGAUGUACACAGUUUUGUCAGUCUCGGAGUUCAAAUGGCUGCCAGGGAAGGCAGUUACCAGAGGCCCAGCAAGAAGGAGGAAAACGCCCCGGUGGACGGCAGUCCUAAAAGUCUUGGCGAGGGAGACAAAGCCGAUGUGGAUGUCUUAGUUAAGACUAAAUCUCAGUAA